CUUUUUGACUCUUUGGCUACCCCUUUUUCUCUCCCUCUUUGCCAUUUCUAAUUUAAGGUCAGCGUUUAUUUUAUUUAUUUUCCUUAUCCUUCUAUUUAAACUCUUGUCGUGUGGAAAAACUUUAGAAGAAGAAGAAGAAGAAUAGAAAUUUGGUGACGAUGGGGAGGCCUCCAUGUUGCGAUAAAGAAGGUGUGAAGAAAGGGCCAUGGACUCCAGAGGAGGAUAUUGUGUUGGUGUCUUAUAUUCAACAACAUGGCCCUGGGAAUUGGAGGGCUGUUCCCACUAAUACAGGGUUGCUGAGAUGCAGCAAGAGUUGCAGGCUGAGAUGGACUAAUUACCUCAGACCAGGAAUCAAACGGGGCAACUUCACUCACCAAGAAGAGAACAUGAUUAUCCAUCUUCAAGCCCUUUUGGGAAAUAGAUGGGCUGCCAUAGCAUCGUACCUUCCGCAGAGAACGGACAAUGACGUAAAGAACUAUUGGAACACGCACUUGAAAAAGAAGUUGAGGAAGCAGCUUCAAACCAACAACUCAAACUCAGGAGGAGAAAUGGGAAGAGGGCAAUGGGAGAAGAGACUUCAAACGGACAUUCGAAUGGCAAGGCAAGCGUUAUGGGAAGCCCUCACACCUCAGAAUUCAACCCCUCCAAAUUUCUCAGACUCUGAAACAAUUACAAACCCCUUCCCCUUCCAUUACUCCUCCAAAUGCACAACAUCCUACGCCUCAAGUACUGAGAAUAUCGCCAGAUUGCUCACUGGAUGGAUGAACAAAAAUCCACCAAAUAACCCUCCCACCUGCCCCAACACAAGCGAUGAAUCCGAGGCUUUUGGGUCAUUUUUCAGAUUUGAAAGUUUUGAAUCUGAAAAUUCUUCAGAUUGUGAUCAGCCUGAGACCAAGCUUUCUGUGCUGGAAAAAUGGCUGCUUGAGGAAGGUGGUGUUCAGGGAAUUAGAUCAGAUUCAUUGCCUGAAAAUGAGGAUUUAAUUAACUGAGGGGGUUUUGGUUUUUAGCUGAUUUUUAGAGUUGCCAACAUUUGCAGAGGAUCGGACGUAAUGUAAAUUCCAUCUUUAUGUUUUGUUUUACUGUCCUUUGGUUUAAUUUUUUUUUUUUUUAGUGUUUUGGUUUUUUCUUGUCUUGGAACUUUACAUUAACAAUUUGUUCUCAUCGUUCCAGGAAUAUUUAUGGCUAAUGCUAGUGAGUAGUUGGGGCUAUUAUGGUACUGAAA